UAUUAUUCAGAGAGAAAAGAAGCAGUAUAAAAUGGAGUUGACUGCAAAUACAGCAAACGAAAGCACUGAAAAAUGAAUGAAAGAGCAAAGAAAAAGCAUGUGAGGGAAGUACCUUCAGUUCCUUUCAUAUGGGAAGUAAAGCCAGGCAUUCCUAAGAAAUAUUGGAAGCCAGAGACAGAGGUCUCUUCCGUUGCCUCUGUUCCAUUUCUUUGGGAAGAAAAACCAGGAAAACCCUUUCCUAAUUUCUCAGAUUUAUCAGUUAAUCCCGAGAAAAUACUCAUUCAUGUAGCAUCAUCUUCUGGUUUUUCUAUCGCAUGCAACUUUGGCCACGAUGGCAAAGACAAAGAAACCUGCAAUUAUGACAGUGAAAGCAUAACUUGUUUAGACCUUGAAGCUUUUACAUUUGAUGCAAACUGUGUUGCGCCAUCAGAAAAAGCUUCUACUUCCUCUCCAGCCUCCUCAGAGACAGAUAGUAGCAUAAGCAGUUAUGCAACUGGCAGGUCAAGCCCAAUUGGUGCUACUUUCCUUGAGACCCUUUUUCCUCUGUAUGCAAGGGAUCAGAACCUGGAAAAACAAACUUCUACUACACAAGAACUAGAACCCAAAGAUUUCUAUGAUGAAGAUAUUGUCAGUGACAUUUUAAGGAGGCCACCAACACUCGGAGAGCUAAUUAUGAUGAGCCGGAGAAGAAGCUGCAGAAGAAAAACCGUUCAAAUGAAUAAAUGGGAUCCCCCAAAGAAAAUCCCAAGACAACAAAUUUUUGGAUGUUUCCCGUUUGUAACUAAUAGCAAAAUGAUCGAGGGGCUUCUGAAGAAAAAGUACUUCCCCAGACUUAAACUGAUAUAGACAGAAUCAAUUAUGGAGAAGGAAAUAAAUAUCAAGAAGAGAAGUACCAAAAGACUGCUCCAGAACAAAAUGCCCAUCUGCCAAUUGAUUUUGAAUCAGACUCUUUUCAUUUCCUAUGCCUAUUCUCUUGCAAUUUGUGGGUUUUAUUUAGUUUUGCACUCUAAUAUAUCCUCACUGCUCUCUCCAAAAGAUAGUCAAUGUGUACGUUCUUCAUCGAACAACUUAC